AUGAUGAGGGAGGAAGAAGUGGUGGAAAGCAUAACGUCGAUUCUGCAAGAGAAGAAUAAGAAUGGAAAAUUGGAAUCGGAGAAACUGAAACCAUUCAUCCCUCUCCUCACUCUCCCCCUCGUCAACUCCAUUUUCUCAUGCAAGACUCUCUGCUCUCAUCCCAUGACGCUCCUCUCCUUCUUCAACUGGCUCCAAAUCCACGCGCCACCUCCGUUCCGCGCCUCCCCUCACGUGCUUCUCUCCCUCCUCCCUCCCAUCCUCUCCCGCCACAAAUUCUCCGACGCUAAGUCCCUCCUUCUCUUCCAAAAAAUGAAACGACUGCAUUUUGCCCCCAACCUCCUCACUUGCAACACCCUCCUCAAUGCCCUCGUCCGCUCCCCCUCCUCCAACUCCACCCUCCUCGCCCCCGGCGUCUUCCACGACGCCCUCGCCCUCGGCGUCAAGCCCAACACCAACACCUUCAACAUCCUCAUCUAUGGCCACUGCCACCUUAACAAGUUAGAUCACGCCCUCGCCCUUAUUCACCGAAUGCCCGAAUUCGGGUGUUUCCCUGAUAGCAUCACCUACAACACCAUUUUGACUACCCUGUGCAAGAAGGGUCAGUUGAAUAAAGUGAGGGAUGUGCUUACGGAAAUGAAGAAUGCCGGGUUGGUUCCAAAUAGGAGGACUUAUAAUAUCAUUGUUCAUGGUUAUUGCAGAUUGAAGUGGUUGGAGGAGGCUGCUGAGGUAAUUGACUUGAUGUCUAAAGAUGGUAUUUUGCCGGAUGUUUGGACUUACAAUACCAUGGUUAGGGGGUUGUGUGAAGAGGGGAAGGUUGAUGAGGCUAUUAGUGUUAGAGAUGAGAUGGUGAGUUUGAACUUGAUUCCAAAUAUUGUUACUUAUAAUACUUUGAUCGAUGGGUGUUUUAAGUGGGGCGGCAGCGUGGAGGGGUUUAGGUUGGUCGAGGAGAUGAAGUUUAGGGGAGUUGAGAUGAAUGUGGUGACUCACAAUAUAGUGGUUAAGUGGUUAUGUAAGGAAGGUAAGAUUGAUGAGGCAAGUGAUGCUGUGGUGAGGAUGGUGGAGAGUGGGGUCUAUCCCGAUCAUUUUACUUAUAAUACUAUGAUUAAUGGUUAUUGUGAAGCUGGGAAGCUUGCAGAGGCUUUUAGGAUGAUGGAUGAGAUGGCCAGGAAGGGUUUGAAGCCGGAUGUUUUUACACUUAACACUGUGUUAAAAACUUUGUGUAUGGAGAAGAGGCUUGACGAGGCGUAUGAGUUAACUGUGCUGGCUGGGAAGCGGGGUUAUGUUCUUGAUGAGGUGACCUAUGGGACUCUGAUCAUGGGGUACUUUAAGGCUGAGCAAGGAGACAAAGCGUUGAAACUUUGGGAGGAGAUGAACGGGAGAGGGGUUAUUCCUAGUGUUGUCACUUAUAACACUCUAAUCAGAGGGUUAUGCCUGUCUUCGAAAACUGACCAAGCAUUGGAUAAAUUGAAUGAGCUUUUGGAGAAGGAUUUAGUCCCUGAUGAGUUUACAUAUAACAUCAUCAUUCAUGGUUACUGCUGGGAGGGGUUGGUAGAUAAAGCGUUUGAGUUCCAUAACAAAAUGGUAGGGAAGUCGUUCAAACCAGAUAUCUUUACACGUAACAUUCUCCUCAAAGGACUCUGCAGAGCGGGCUUGCUGGAGAAAGCUGUUAAACUCUUUAACUCAUGGGUGUCUAAAGAGGAUUCCGUUGAUGUAGUUACAUACAACACAUUGAUAUCAUACGUUUGCAAAGAAGGGAGACUGGAGGACGCAUUUGAUCUUCUGACUGAAAUGGAAGGGAAAAAAUUGGAGCCUGACCAGUAUACUUAUAAUGCCAUUGUUACUGCGCUUACUCAUGCUGGUAGGACUGAGGAAGCUUUGAAAUUCAUGCCAAAAAUUUUAGAGACAGGGCAAGAUGUGAAAACUCAUGACACUUCCCAGGAGCAUGAUGCUUCCAUUGAUAUUAUGUACUCGCAGCAAAUAAGUGAUUUGUGUACCCAGGGGAAGUACAAGGAGGCAAUGAAACUAUUUCAAGAGUCAGAACAGAAGGGCCUUGGUUUAAGUAAAUAUACGUACAUCAAGUUAAUGGAUGGGUUUUUGAAGAGGCGAAAAAGCAUAGCAAAGGUUACCCAACCAAAUUGA